AAAACAGAUAUAAAGAGGAUAUUUUUGCUAUAGUGAUGCAUUGCUGGUUUUCACUAAACUAGUCCACAAGUACGGAGUGUCAGCUGAUGCAACGAAUUGUGGUUGUCUAGAGUUGAUUUUUAUACACAUAUGUUUUCUAGACAAACGCUGCUUCGACGCUUGGUCUGAGGAAAUAAUUAGCUUUUUUGUUUGCAGAAGUUCUUUGAAUUUCUGCCUUGAAGAGGAACUGAUGUUAGCUAAAGCAGGUCAAUCAGAGAAAGAGAGAGAGAGAGAGAGUGAAUGUGUGUGUGUGUGUGUGUGUGUGUGUGAGAGAGAGAGAGAGAAGAGAGAGAGAAGAGAGAGAGAGCUAACGCUAGAGCAACCGCACUGUCUGCUAGCACUGCAGCCGUAUGUGCUUUAUCUGUCUCAAAAGCUAAACUUCACUUAUUAACGCGACUGGGGGAAAUAUUAUGCAUUCGGUGGACCUUUUUGAGUGUUCAUAACUCUAUAUUGCCAGUUGGGGGAGUUUGCGUCAGUGCAGGACGGUGUUAUUUGUUUCCGAUCAGAGCAGUUGAGCUGAGUUAGCUUAGCAGCCAGCGAGCCCAAGUUCCUUCAAGCGCCUUUGCGUUUCGCUAUCAAAAUGCCUGCUAUGUUGGAGAAGGGCACCACUGAGAUAUCGGGUAAAAGAAGGGGCAGACACUCUGUGAAUAAUCCGACCAAAAGUUUUACUUCAAAUGGGAACAGUAACAAUUCAUGGGAGGAAGGAAGUUCGGGUUCCUCAAGUGAUGACGAGCAUGGUGCUGGCGGGAUGCGAGUUGGAUCGCAGUAUCAGGCAGUUGUUCCUGAUUAUGAUUCUGAGGUAGCAAAGGCAAGCCAAGAGAGAGAAAAUUUGGGAAUGCUGGUGUGGUUUCCAAAUCCAAGUAUACCAGAGGCCAAAUUGGAUGAGUACAUUGCAAUAGCCAAAGAAAAACAUGGGUACAAUAUGGAGCAGGCAUUGGGCAUGCUGUUUUGGCACAAACACAACAUUGAGAAAUCUUUGGCAGAUCUCCCCAACUUCACCCCUUUUCCAGAUGAGUGGACAGUUGAAGACAAGGUGCUGUUUGAACAGGGUUUCAGCUUUCAUGGAAAGACAUUUCACCGCAUCCAGCAGAUGCUCCCAGACAAGUCAAUUGCAAGCUUGGUUAGAUUCUAUUACUCGUGGAAGAAAACGCGCAGUAAAACGAGUGUGAUGGACCGCCAUGUGCGCAAACAGAAGAGAGAGAGAGAGGAGAGUGAUGAUGGAGAAGAAAAUAGUUGCAUCUCUCCAGGGGAUGCAGAACUUGAGCCAAAUAAGGAUGAGAAGAAAGAGGGAAUGUCUGGACCUGAGAAACCAGAUUCAAAACCCGCAGUUGUGCAGAAGCCAGCAAAUCUUACAGAAAAGUCGAUGCAUGUUAAGAAAGAAGUACAGGGACUUGCUGGGAGGAACCUACACCGGGCAAAGAAGAAACCUCCUAAAGGAAUGCAUUUAAACUCUGAUGAUGUGGCGGCAAUGUCUAGCAGCGGCCCGGCAGCAGUCAGUGUUCUGAGACAGCUGGAUAUGGAGCUCAUCACUAUAAAACGACAGAUUCAGAGCAUUAAACAGCACAAUAGUGCCCUCAGAGAAAAGCUGGACACAGGUGUGGAUGAGUUUAGGCCAUCUGAGGCUAAUCAGAAAUUUAAUACCCGCUGGACCACAGAAGAACAGCUGCUUGCAGUACAAGCUAUAAGGAAGUACGGGCGGGAUUUCCAAGCCAUUUCUGAUGUGAUCGGCAACAAGUCUGUGGUUCAAGUGAAAAACUUCUUUGUGAAUUACCGGCGUCGCUUCAACCUGGACGAGGUACUGCAGGAGUGGGAAGCUGAGCACGGCGUGGAGGGACGCAAGGGUUUAGAUGAAGAGAAAAUGGAGGUGUCAUCUGAAGAGGGAAACACCCCGGGGCCUUCAGAAAACCAGGCAGAGGAACCAACGGCCAUGGAAACACAGAACCCUUCAGUUUCAUGAGUACUCCAUCAGUGGUCAGAUGAGCUCAGAUCAGUUAAUAUCACAGCUGUGCAUAAGAAGCAUUAAGGCUUCGGUUGCCUCAAGUGAAGUCUCUUCGUAAUGGACAUUCCCCCCCGCCACAUCCUGGUCCCUCUGACUCCCACCCCUCUACUGGUCCCAGGACUCUCACAGAACUAGGAUCAUCACUGCCAACAGAAGUAGAGUCCCUGUCUGGUCUCUAGCAGUCUGGUGCUCCAACAGUUAUAUUCUCCACAAAUGCUAAUUGGUCUGUUAUGGGGGAACAAAACACCCAUAUACCCAUCCCAACAUCAUUGGACAGAGAAUUGUGAUCUUAAAAGAUCUCUUAAGGAGUCUAAAGGAGUCUAAAGGAGUUUAAUAUCACUUGACCAUCUCUCUUUCUUGAUAUGCACAUAGGACUUUGACUUGGUCCUGGUCCAACAUCCCUUUCCAGUUACUUUUUUGUUGCUGUAGCAUAAUAUCUAGUUAUAUGAUUUGCUAUUUUAAAAUAGUUUGGGGGGGUUAGUUGAUCUCUGGUUGGAUUAAGCUAUUUAUUUGCAUAAAACGUGAAUUAUACGAACUGCUCUGUAUAGAUACAGUGAAAUGCCAGUGUAGAUGAAAUUUCAAUAAUUUUAAUACCAAUUUUAAUAUUAUUCUUUUAAAUAUGAGAUGAUUUGCAGCUCUUAUAUUAAGUGAGUUGGUUUAGUAUUAGGGCAUAAUAUAUACCGUUUAAUCAUGGACCCUUGUACAUGUGUAUUUGAAAUGCAUUUCUUGGCUGAGGCUGUUGACUGUGCGAACAGGCACAGCAGAGUGUUGUAACAGAAUGGGAAGUAUUUUUCGUUCUUGCUUGGAUUUUUUAAAUCUUAUUUCGAACUGUGUUUUGCAUGCAUGAACAGUUCUUCAUGCCAGGGUCAAGCUUUUCACCCUCUUAGGGGUGUCUAAGCGUAUAUGGAUUGACGUGUGUAGGUAAGAAUUUCAAAAUAUGGCAGCAUAUCUAAAUUGCUACUACUAUUCCAUGCUUGUAUGUGUUUUUCCACACAUCCUAAUUUAUGAUGGUGUUUGGAGAUGUUAGAUGGGUUCCUGUUGUUUGUUUUUUUUGUUUAAAUUGAAGUUAUUUAAAAUACAUGCACUCUUACUUUUUUCGACCAAAUCUUUCCCUCUAAUAACUGUAACGGUACCCUACAUGUGUGAACUCCUUUUAAACUGAUUAUGCGUGCAGAUAAUGUACAUGGAUGGGGUGAAGUUCUGUGUGCGUGUGUGUGUGGGUGGGUGGGAGCUAAUGUGGUCAUAGACUGUGGACCGUAUAUGUAAUCAGUUUGUCACAUUAGUCAUAAUAAACAUAAGGGAUUUAUACUGUCAAAGGCAUUGAGUGUUGGUCAAUCUCUAUACAUCACAUUUUUGUUUCUAUUUAGUCUGUUAAUUUUCAAUAUUAAAUUGCAGUGGUAACACUCUUUCACUAUAUUACUUACGGUACUCUCUUUAUAUGUUAUAUACUAGAGUUUUCCCUCAAUAAACUCUUACUUGCUG